AUAUAAACAACAUUCUUCAAUGCUAUACCUACCAACUUAACAAUCUAAAGUGUAAGCAUUCAGUUAGUGAGAUUCAUAAAGCUAUUCAUAUCCUUCGAAAUCACUUUAAUUUAUCUCAUUUGUUAGUUUUGCAUUAACAUUAAGGAACUAUUAUCAAUGGCUGUUUCAUCAUGUCAAUCUAUCAUGUCAAGCUCUAUGACCAACAUUUCUACCAGAUCUAGAGUUAACCAGUUUAGCAACAUCCCUUCUGUCUACAUUCCAACCUUCACAAGGAAUGUUAGCCUCAAAGUUCGAUCUAUGGCUGAGGGAGAGCCGAAAGAGCAAUCAAAGGUGCCUGUAGACCCGACUACACCAAUUGCAUCAACACCAACACCACAACCAGCCUACACUCGUCCACCAAAGAUGAGCACAAAGUUUUCAGAUUUGAUGGCAUUUAGUGGGCCAGCACCUGAAAGGAUCAAUGGAAGAUUGGCUAUGAUUGGUUUUGUAGCAGCAAUGGGGGUGGAGAUAGCAAAAGGGCAGGGUUUGUCUGAACAAUUAUCUGGUGGUGGAGUUGCAUGGUUCUUGGGGACAAGUGUGUUGUUGUCACUUGCUUCAUUGAUUCCAUUUUCUCAAGGGGUUAGUGUGGAGUCUAAAUCAAAGAGUAUUAUGUCCUCUGAUGCAGAGCUUUGGAAUGGAAGAAUUGCAAUGUUAGGUUUAGUUGCUUUAGCUUUCACAGAAUUUGUUAAGGGUACAUCCCUUGUGUAGUAAACUCGUUUGAAUACGCAAUCAAGGUCUAUAGGAUUUGUGGUUAGAAUCAAAUUUUGGAAUUAUUCAUGUAUAUUCUUAUGCAGUUACUCAUUUGAGGAAUUUCUUAUGUACAAGCAAGAGAGUGUAAUUAAACUCUCUUUAUACUUAAAAAGACUUCCUUUAAUAUUCAACCCAUAAAAUUCUUGUA